AUGGAAUCCUUCCGGCAUUUUAUCCAGACUGAGAUUCGACAGGCACAGCAGAGUCUAGAGACACUGUUUCUUCUCCACGAUGAGGAGACUCGAGAGGAUGUCGUCCCUAUCAUUCCUCUCUCUCGAUUAAAGGACGAUCCGACGGAGAGCCGUUGUGGCUGGAACUUUCUCCAAGAUGUACAAAAUACAGAGGCUCUUCCAAAUGGGCAGCGAUGGCUCUUAAACUACGUGCUAAAAACCGAGUGGCUUCAGGAGGAAUUUCUUGAUAUCCAGCAACCUAGCCAUCAGUUCUUAGAACUGCUCCUGCUGCUGUGUCAUAUUACUGGGGGCCAGCCCGCGCGAGGGACAGAGAUAUUGAGUCUGCGUCACCACAAUACGGUCCAUGGGCGACAUCGCAGUAUCUUUAUUGAGCAGGGAUUGGUCAGCACAGUAACCAGUUAUCACAAGGGCUAUCAUGUCACUGGAUCGACCAAGAUUAUCCAUCGAUAUCUGCCACAGCCAGUGAGUGAGAUGAUGAUCUACUACCUCUGGCUGAUUCUUCCCUUCUGCGAAAAGCUGGAGAUCCUUGCCUUUGGGAAGACAGAGGCGCCCUCCCCCUUUCUCUGGCCCAAGGCUCAUCAAGGGGAAGAUAGCAGCUACCUCAGCAAGAUUCUAGAACGAGAGGCGCGGCAGCAUCUCCAAACCAAAUGGAACAUCACCUACUAUCGGCACGCAGCGAUUGCGAUCUCUCGCGCCCAUCUCCCCAGCGGUGGUUUUAAGCGGGAUUACGGGGUCAAUGAGAAGGUAACAGAUCAGCAAGGAAGCCAUACAUCAUGGACAGCAGGCACAAUCUACGCGCGAGGUUUAAAGGAAGCACCAGGGCAUGUUGAAGAGCGCCGGAUGCAAUAUCGAGCUAUUAGCCGGGAAUGGCAUUCAUUUCUUGGCUUUAAGGUCCAGCUUGGGCCGCGAAAGCGACUGUUGGUGGAGAGGAUGAAUCUAGAAUCAUCCACCCAGAAGAGACGAUGUGUAUGA